GACCGGGGCGGCUGCGACGACUGAGAGGAGGUCCGACACGCAUAUGACGUUCGACAUUUAACAGAAAGUCGAAUGAUUGCAUCUCCUGUCUCCAUGGGCGAAUGUUCGUGACGCAGCCAUUAGGUGGGCAGAUCUGUUUGUUCGUAAUGAGCCAAUGAACACAUCAUGCCACUCUCAGCUUUACAAUAUCUUCCCCUCAUCUCUGCCUCGUAUGAGGACUUUGCAUUGGUCAUUGACCUGACUUCAAAUCUAACAUUGACCUGAGUACAAGUGCAGCCUAUUACGCUGUACUGCCCCCCUCUCUACCACAUAAACAGAUGCACCGCUUCGUCGUUCUGGCAUCACUCUAUCACAAAGAUCAAUUAAUACCGCAACAGAGAGCUUACCAGAAUUAUCGCAAAGAUGCCUGGAGAAAUUAUUGACAGACCGAACCCACCGCCGUUGUCCUCCCAUAUCUCGAGCGAGAUUAUGGGGUUGGCGGUCCAGCUUGAGAAGAUCAAACUUAACGAUGCUGAUCUGCGAGGCCUUGAUGAGUUCAGAAGAGCUAGCAAUUACAUUGCUGCGGCUAUGAUCUUUCUCCUCGACAAUGCUCACCUUGAGAGAGAUCUUACCUUCGAUGAUAUCAAACCAAGGCUGCUUGGACACUGGGGAACAUGUCCAGGUCUGACGCUGGUAUAUGCUCACCUCAACUACCUCACGCUCAAGAAUAACCUCGACCUCAUUUACGUUGUUGGUCCUGGCCAUGGUGCACCAGCCAUCUUGGCCGCCCUCUGGCUCGAAGGAAGUUUGGAGAAGUUUUACCCUAAAUACGCCAGGACCAAGCAGGGUCUUACAAAUCUGAUCACUGGUUUCAGUACACCUGGUGGAUUCCCCAGUCACAUCAAUGCGGAGACACCAGGCUCUAUUCACGAAGGUGGAGAGCUCGGGUAUGCUCUGGCUGUUGCUUUCGGUGCUGUCAUGGACAAGCCGGAUCUUGUCGUGGCUUGCGUUGUUGGUGAUGGAGAGGCGGAGAGUGGCCCGACCGCUGCUGCCUGGCACGCAGCUAAAUACAUCGACCCUGCUGAGUCUGGUGCCGUUAUUCCCAUCGUUCACGUAAAUGGGUUUAAGAUCUCGGAACGUACAAUCUAUGGAUGUAUGGACGACAAGGAGAUGGUGGCGCUCUUCACGGGUUAUGGGUAUCAAUGCCGGUUCGUUGAGGACCUGCAGGAUAUUGACCGUGAUCUUGCAACGAGCAUGCAAUGGGCCCUUGAUGAAAUUCGUAAGAUCCAGAAGGCUGCUCGGUCUGGGAAGCCUAUUAUCAAGCCUCGAUGGCCAGUAUUGAUCAUGCGGACGCCAAAAGGAUGGGGUGGACCCAAGAAGGUUGACGGGGAAAUUGUCGAAGGAUCGUUCCAUUCCCACCAGGUCCCAUUGAUGGCUGCCAAGACUAGCAAGAGCCAGCUUGCGGCCCUCCAAGACUGGCUACUCUCCUACAAGCCAGCCAGGCUCUUCACAGGAACUGGAGACAUAGAUGACUCCAUCAAGUCAAUAAUCCCCCCAGACAACAAGAAAAUUGGCCAACGCCCAGAAACUUACAAGUGCCAUGAGGUCUUGAACGUCCCCAACUGGAAGAAGUUUGGUGUCGAGAAAGGAGGUCUAGAAUCAUGCAUGAAGGCAAUCGGCAAAUUGAUUGACCAAGCUAUGGUUGACAACCCAAAGUCUCUCAGGGUCUUCUCGCCCGAUGAGCUAGUCAGCAACAAACUUGACGCUGUCUUCGACCACACCGGGCGUGAUUUCCAAUGGGACGAGUACUCCCGUGCCCAAGGCGGCAGAGUGGUCGAGAUCCUCAGUGAACACACUUGCCAAGGGUUCCUGCAAGGUUAUACACUGACUGGUCGAACCGGCAUCUUCCCAAGUUAUGAGAGUUUCUUGGGCAUCAUCCACACGAUGAUGGUUCAGUAUAGCAAGUUCAACAAGAUGGCCAGAGAGACCACCUGGAGAACCGAUAUAUCCAGCAUCAACUAUAUCGAGACCAGUACGUGGACUCGGCAGGAGCACAAUGGCUUCUCUCACCAAAACCCAUCUUUCAUCGGAGCGGUCCUCAACCUGAAGCCCACCGCGGCGCGUGUCUAUCUCCCGCCUGAUGCUAACACCUUCCUCUCAACGGUAGCUCACUGCCUCCGCUCCAAGAACUACGUGAACUUGAUGGUCGGUUCCAAACAACCGCAACCCGUUUUCCUCUCCGUCGAAGAAGCCGACAAGCACUGUCAAGCCGGGGCAAGCGUCUGGAAAUUCUGCAGCACAGAUGACGGCCUCGACCCCGACGUCGUCCUUGUCGGGAUCGGCUCCGAACUCAUGUUCGAAGUGGUCGUCGCCGCUGCCAUCCUCCGACGCAAAUGCCCCGCGAUGCGCAUCCGCGUCGUGAACGUAACGGACCUCAUGAUCCUCGAAGCUCAGACGCGCCACCCGCACUCCCUCGGGGACGACGAGUUCAACAGCCUCUUCACUGCGGACCGUCCCAUCCACAUCAACUACCACGGCUACCCGAACGAGAUCAAAGGGCUGCUCUUCGGACGCAAGAACCUCGACCGCGUCUCGAUCGAAUGCUACCGCGAGGAGGGCAGCACCACGACGCCCUUCGACAUGAUGCUGCGCAACUACGUCAGCCGCUAUCACGUCGUCGAGGCCGCCAUCAAGGGCGCCGCGCUGCACAACCCGCGCGUCGCCCUCGAUCUCACGAGCAUGCUCGGCGAGGUGCGCCAUCAGAUCUCCAAGGUGCAGGCGUACAUUAUGCGCCACGGCCGCGAUCCAGAUGGCACGUUUGAUAUCCCGCGCUUUGAGGGGACGGCGUUCCGACAUGGCGCGGCGGGUGAGACGUCGGGGGAGGGCAAUUUCUUUGUUAAUUAGGUUUGUUAGGGGGGUGGGGAAAGGGGGUAACGAGGAUGAUUGUGUGUAUGUGCUUUACCUAUAGGUACCUCCUUGUCAAAAAAACAAAUAAUGAAAAUAAAAAUGAG